GCCAGGUUGGCCAUAUCCUGCCAGAUCCGCCCAUUCAAUCCAGGACUUAGCCAUAAUGUGGCUGCCCAUCUGCCUCCUACUGAUCUGUUUUGGCCAAAGCCUAAUCAGGGCCGAAAGCUGUCCGCCAUCGCAGGCCAUUUUACCUUGUCGGUGCUCCUUGAGAGGAAAAGAAAUUCAAAUAUGGUGUUCGCACAGCAAUCUGCCGCAGAUCAUGGACGGCCUGAAGGCCGUGGAGCGGAACAUCAAGGGGAGGAUCGACGAGCUGGUGCUGGAGAACAACCAACUGCCGGCUCUUCCAGGACGCUUCUUUGGCAGCCUGCAGAUCGUGAGGCUGAUGCUCCGGCACAACAGCAUCGAACGGGUCUCCAACGGGUGGCUUAACGAGCUGGAAAACGGCCUGGUGGAGAUCUUCGUGGUGGAGCCGCAACUUCGGAGUAUUCCCGCCGAGAGUCUGAACGGGAUGAUCAACAUGCUGGCCAUCACCAUCCAGAGCGAGGAGCUGAAGCAUCUGCCGGACUUCUCGGGCCUCCUCAGUCUCACCUACCUGAGCGUCCAGACGGGGGCGCUCCAGGAACUCCCCCCGCAUCUGUUCCGGCACCUGCCCAAGCUACAGCACAUCCACAUUACGGGUGGAACGGGACUCACCCGCCUGGAAGCGGGUCUCUUCGAUGGCCUGAUCUCCCUGAAGAACCUGGAUCUCUCGCACAACGGUCUCAACUGGAUUCACUUGCGUGCCCUGUCCCGAUUGCCCAAUCUAGUGAGCUUGAAGCUCUCCCACAACCAGAUCAGCGACGUGGGCAUGGUGGGUCGCAUUGUCAAGGAUCUGGAGCACCUUAAGAAACUCCGGUUGGACCACAACCUCAUCACAGUGAUAGAGGACGGUUCCUUUGUGGACUUGCCCAAUCUCUCGGAGCUGCACCUGAACGACAAUCGGAUCACAGAACUCCAAUAUGGCGCCUUCCUGCGCACUCCCCAGUUGAAGACGAUUUAUUUGCAAAACAACCUCAUCCGGCGCAUCCACCCGGAGUCCCUGCUCCAGGCCAGUGGGAGCGGCGUGGAGGCCGUGCACAUCUACAACAACGAGAUCGGGCAUGUGGAGGCUCUGCGCGCCCUACUGGAUGCUCUGCCCACCCUCCGGUACCUGGACAUGAGUGGGAAUGUGUUGAGUGAGUUGCCGUAUGGAGCUCUCAGGGGUCACGGAACUCUGGAGCAACUCCAUCUGAAUCACAAUCAGCUGCGGCUCAUCGAAAGGGACGCUCUGAUGGCCAUGCCAGCUUUGAGGGAGCUUCGAAUGCGAAACAACAGCCUUUCCUCGGACCUGCCGCUUCCCUUUUGGAAUUUGCCGGGCUUAAAGGGGUUAGAUCUCGCCCAGAACCAGUUCGAUCGGGUAGACUCCCAGCUACUGGCUGGUCUUCCGUCUCUUAGGCGUUUGGAUCUGAGUGAGAAUGGCCUUGUGGAACUGGCUCCCAACAGCUUCCGCCACAAUCCACUUCUGGAAACCCUCAACAUAUCCUCCAAUGAGCUGACCAAAAUUCACUCUUCGACACUCCAUCAGUUGGAGAGGCUUUUCGAGGUGGACGCCAGUUAUAACCAACUGAAGAACGUUAUCGGUGGGCUACCACGCAUUGUGGAGCGCAUAUCCCUGAGGGGCAAUCAGAUAUCCUCUCUUCCGGCAGCUGCCAGCAAGGAUCUGCAGCUGCCCAACUUACGGAUGCUGGAUCUCAGCCAGAAUCGCAUCGAACAGCUGCCCAGACACGGUUUCCAGGGCGCUUCCGAUCUGAGGGUCUUGAGCUUGGCCCAGAAUCAGCUGCGCCAAUUGGAGGACACCUCUUUCAUCGGAAUCCAACGUCUGGAGCUGCUUCACCUCCAGGAAAAUCAAUUGGGCGAGGCGGACGAGCGAACCUUGCUCCCCCUGGCAGAGCUGAGGAAUCUAAAUAUGCAGUCCAACAAACUGGAGGCCAUCACGGACAACUUUUUCUCAAACAACAGCCGGCUGGAGCAGCUGGACCUUUCGAGGAACCUCAUCCGCAGCAUCUCCCCCACCGCCUUCGACAGUCAGCGAUCUCUGGAGUAUCUGGACCUCUCCGGUAACGCCCUCCUGGACAUAUCCGUGGGACUGGGGAAUCUGCACAACCUGCGGGACAUCGAUCUCAGCUACAAUCAGAUCUCCCGCAUUCAAUCCGACGUGAUCGGUGGAUGGCGGAAUGUGGUGGAGAUUCGAUUGUCCAACAACCUGAUUGUGGAGCUGCAGCAGGGCACGUUCCGGAAUCUCCCCAAACUACAGUACCUCGAUCUCAGUAGCAAUGAGAUUCGGGCUGUGGAGCCGGGGGCCCUCAAAGGACUCGACGAGCUGCAGGAGUUCGUUCUGGCGGACAAUAAGUUGGUGGAGCUCAAGGAUCAUGUGUUUGAGGAGCUGCCAAGCCUCCUGGCCUCUCACUUUCAGUACAACAAGCUGCGCUACAUCUCUCCAGAAAGCUUCCAUAACGCCAAUUCCCUGGUCUUUCUGAAUCUCUCCAAUAACCACUUCAGGAAUAUGGAGAAUAUAGGACUUCGAAGCAUGCGCAACCUGGAGGUGUUGGAUCUUUCUACCAAUGGUGUCAAGUUGGUGUCCACGAUGCCUCUGAAGGCUCUUAACUGGCUGGUGGAACUCAAAAUGGAUAAUAAUCAGAUAUGUCGGAUUCAGGGUUCUCCCUUUGAGACGAUGCCUCGGUUAAGAGUCCUUUCCAUGAGAAACAAUCAACUGAGGAGCAUCAAGGAAAGGACGUUCCGAAAUCUUCGUGGAAAUAUAGCCAUUCUGGAUGUAGAUGGGAAUCCCAUCAACUGCGACUGCGAGAUGCAAUGGCUCUCUGUGUGGCUGCAGGAGACCAAUUUCCCGUAUCCGGGUCCCAAAUGCCAGGAUGGACGCCUUCUAAGAGCGGCUCGCAUGGAAAGGAGUCUCUGCUUGGGUGCUGAAGUCUUCGGGAACGAGAGAACCGAUGGCAACCAGCUGCCCUUGCUCAACGAGCAUGGAGACGUCUUCCAGCGUGACCUGCCCGAGGAUUUCAAUGACGAAUGCGAUGCCUACGACUCCAACCGACUGCCUGGAGAACGACCUUUGCCGGGCGAGAGCGAGUACUUCUACGAUCAGUAUGUGGAUGCAACUGAGUCUCCAGAUACCACCAAUUCAGUGCUAAGCACCUCCCAGCGUCCUAAGCCGACUCCCACUCUGAAUAACAACAUAGAUCUCAACAACACGGUCCUCCAUACGAAGUACUUCAAUAGGAAGCCCCAGCAAGGAGCUGGAGGAUCACCCUUUACCUUUUUCGGAUACCCUUUGCCCAGCGUGAGUUUGGGUCGAUUUUUCGGAUUCGGGGAUCGAGGACGAAAGCAGCGAACUGAUGCUAUUGACGACAUGCCAGCCACCCACCGAAUGGCCCACAUAAACCUUCCCAGUGGACGCGGCAAAACGAGGAUGUAUCAACCAAAUAGUGCCGAGUUUGAAAAGUACCUGAAGGAUCAACAGCAGCAGCAACAGCAGGGGAACAAAAACGUGGCCAGAAACCGAUACAUGGAAACAGACUCCACCACGUCGUCAGUGGAAGAUGCACUGAGCAAUGAAAGCGGUGGAGCAGCCACAACGGUGGGGGUCUUUCGGACAACUUUUAGGGAACCUGCUAGCAUCGAACGGGGUGGCUUCCGGCCCAUUGUUCCAGCUCAUGUGGGUGGUUUUAUGCCCGUUCAUGAUCCUCAGCAGCGUCGUGGGUUGGUGGAGGCUGUAAACAUCACCAACAAACCAGUAGAAGUCAAAAGUGAGCGAAACUUUAUACCAAUAGCUGGACAGAUCAAGCCCAAACCCACUCCUAGCAGUGGAGAAAGCGCUGAGACAGCAACGUACGAAGUAACAGAAACCACUCCAGAUGUCACCACAGUCAUGCCCUUAAUGCCCAGCACCAGGACAAGUACUAGCACAACCAAAGCAGCAACUACCACGAUGAGAACUACAUUUUCCACCACUAGCACCACAACAGCAGCUCCUGUAAGUGACGCCUCAUCCAGCAGUGAACAGGAGCAGGAAUCGCACUACGACGACGAUGAUCUGGAGGCGCAAUCAGUGACUCUGCUGAGACCUCCGCCACUGGUACAGACAACCACAGCGGAGACUAUUUUAUUGAUUCCACCGGCUGAAGAGCACGUAGCGCAAAUAAAAAGCAGGUCGUGGAUGACCACCACAACGCCUCAGAAUGCGGGCGACUAUCAAGCCACACCUGCACGUCCAUCAAGCACAGUGGGCCCACCUCCGCCUCUCCGAGGUGGUGGUCGGUCCACUAUCACCAAGGUAUACACGCCAUACCAGCAACAAGUGGCUCAGCCCACGGCGGAGGAAUACCAGCGAACCACGCCAAGUGCGGAUAACGAGGGCGGAGCUAGUGAGCAACUUCUGGCUGCAAAUGCCCAAAAGCGCACAGAGCUGGAGCUCCUCCAAGUGGAUCGAGUAGACCGCAAGGAUGGCAUGGAUUGGUAUUAUGAGAGCUUCAAGAAGAAGCGGGACUUUAAUGGCGGAGCAGCUGUGCGAAAAACAUCCCAGAAAGAGGUGUUCUUUGACGGAAGCAGCGGGGCAUCCAGUUGGAAUCGAAUGGACAAGGAGUUCCUUUUCCUCGGCUUGUUAUUGUUGGGGCGACUGUUCUAGAGAAAAAGGGUGAUCGUGUUGAACAUUGUUGUAAGAUCUUUUAUGUAUAC